CUGCUUUCAUUCGUUGAACGAGAACAGGUACCAUACCUAAGUCACGCUGCCGGCAUUGUGAGUGAUUGAGCUAUUGGCAAUCGUCAGUGAUCGUGUGAUUAAAUUUUGGUGACUGUCCGUCUGAAUAGUGAAUUACAGGUACAUGUAGGAACUUUCUGAAUGAUGGAAUAUACUGCUAUUGAGGAUCAAGUAGAGGUGGAAGUGGUUGAGAGUCAACAUAGUCAUGCACGACUUGAAAAUGGAAAAGUUGAGAUCACCCUCCACCCAAAGGAAAAGAAAGACGGUGAGAGGAAGUGCUUGACAGAAAAAGUACGAAAAAUCCUCCAUGGCUUGGUACUUGUCAUUGGCAUUGCACUGUCCUGGGUCAGUGCGAUGCAGUUCACUAAGAGCACCUACUCCGCAACUUUCAAUGCACCCUUCUUCGUGAUCUGGUUCAGUACUAUUUGGAACGUCAUCUGUUACCCGGUGUAUGUGACUGGGGCAUGGGUGUGUCUCAAGGAGAAGAGGAAAGGUGGACUGCGUGUGCUAUUCAGGGAGGACCAGAAGAUCUUUGGACCUAACGGUCUGACGGUACUGACAUACUUUAAGUACAUCGGUCCAUUCUGCCUGUGCUGGAUGGUCACCAAUUAUGUGUACAUCCGAGCUGUGGGUAUUAUCACUGUAACAGAUGUCACCGCGCUCUUUGCGACAAACACAGCAUUUGUCUACAUCUGCUCCUGGAUUUGGCUGAAGGAGAAAUUCAUUCUCAUCCCGGCGAGGAGUUUUUCUGUCGUCCUGUCCAUCCUUGGCACUGUCCUAGUGUGUUACGCUGACGGGUUCAGAGGUAGCCGCGCAGAGGGAGUAGUGCUAGCUCUUGGAGCGUCCGUUGGUGCUGCUCUUUACAAGGUGCUGUUUUUCAGGUGUGUGGGCAACGCCUCUUUCGGUCAAGUCUCUCUCUUUUUGUCCCUCUUGGGCCUCUUCAAUCUUGUCUUCUUUUGGCCGAUCAUGCUCAUCCUGUACCUGACAAACGUUGAGACGCUGGACUGGGGGAACCUGCCUGUGACCUUCUUGUGUGGGGGUGCUGCACUGACCUUAGUGUUUAACUUCCUAGUCAACUUUGGCAUAGCUAUUACUUUUCCCCUUUUCAUCGCCUUGGGAACUGUUGUAGGGAUUCCUCUGAAUGGAGUUGUUGAUUGGCUGGUCAGAGGUGCAACGUUCGGGGCACUGAAGAUUUUUGGUGGGGCACUAAUCGUGGCAGGAUUCCUGGUCAUGCUGGUGCCGGAAUCUAUCCAGCGGAAGGUUGCAUGCUGGGAGGAGGGAAAGUGUCCCUGCGAGAGGCAGACAUUAGACCAGGAAACAGGAGAGCCUGGGGAGGGGGCGGGGCAAAAGGACAUUGGUGAGAGGGAGUGGCAACACAAAGGAGAAACUUGGCCAGGACUGGAACAGACUGAGGAAGAGAAAGACAUUCAUUGCGCAACAAUAUCACCUGAAGUAAAUGUGGGUUAGAUUUGGAUCUUCCCCUCGGAAAACUUUGACAGUUUUUUCAGUGUCAUUCUAUUUAUUUGUAGUUGGGGAAUUUUGUAGUCUACUCUUCUACUUGUGUGCCAUGUUAAGAGAACUAUGCCAGCUGAAGUGUAUUUCGGGAAGUUUUCUGUCAAAGUGAUGUAUUUUGUUACUUUCAGAUUGCAUUCUUGUAUUUUUCCGGUGGACAGUGUAAACUUUACUUUACGAAAUUUGAAACAAUAUUUUGCUUUCCGAAACUUGGGCCAAAUCACGGUGCAAGCAUAGUGAAUCUACAUCUUCAAUUCAACAGAGCAAAUUUUGCAAAUUGAUAGCACAAUUCACAAUUUGUAUAAAGUUUGUUCCGCUGUUGAUAUUUGGAGAAUUGUAAAUAAGUCGUGGACUGUGUCAAAUCCAUACAAAAAGGCAGAAGUUUUUUGUCAGGUUUGUUUGAACAAACUUAGUACACUGAAGGAGGAGUGUUUUUGAGAAAGCGUGAAUGUCAGGAAUUGAUUACCUCAAUACAUAUACUGCCAUCUCGAGAACGAUUGCCCUAUCCGAAUAUUUUGGUCACUUGUUCUUUGAGUAACCAUUUAUGGUUAAUUGAAUCCAAGCCUCUUCCGAGCCACAGUGAAGUUUAUGAUACAAGAUUUAUAUGUUCAAAAGUUUGCAAGUUUUAAAACCGAAGAUUUUUUUUUGUAUUCUGGUGAAAUUUUUACUUCUUUUCUAAGUUUUCUGUCAUAAGUGAGGCUUUACACAGUUGAAUCUCACAAAACAACUUGGUGCUAACAUUUCAAUUUUCCACUCUUUUAUUUAGAAACAGAUAAAUGCAACACGCAUUGUAUGAGAAUAAGAAGUGAGUAUAAACACCAUGGCCAGAACUUAAGAGGUUUAUCUGAAAGAUCUCCAGUUAGUAACAAACCAACACGAGAUGUGAACUUUGGAUCAGUUCAGUACAUGCAUCAAUAAUUUUUAGUCUGACUAGAAUGUAAGAACUAAAGAGGUUUAAUAGUAACACAUUUUGCAAAUCAGAUUAUUGUGUAUCAGAAGGUUUGAAAAUGGAAAUAACUAUUGAAUCAGUUCACCGCUUUUUACUGACAAACAAGUCUCUCUAAAUACAUUCCAAAUAUUUCUUUGAAACCGUAAAAUAACUCACCUUCAUUUAUACACAGCAAAUACAUGUACACUAUUCCUUGAAACCUUGGUAUUAAAAAGAAAUAAAUAUACAAAAUCAUCAUAGAUACUAGAAACUUGAAACUGUUUAACUUGGUGCCUGUUAAAUGUACGAAAUGAAUGAGAUAGCUUUGACGAGACUAAAUGUAAGUUUCACUUGAACAUGUAAGCAACGUAGUAGUCCGUUUAUAUGCUGUCCCUAAAAAUAUUGGCAGAG